AUGCAAGUGCAUGACAGGGACGACGGUGGCAUCGUCCCUCCAUUGUCAAUGCCGUGCAUGGCAGCGGGAUCAGCGCUAGGGCUGGAGGAGCACUACGACUUUGCUCGCAUCAAAAACCCAACAGCGUCGAGCAAUGCCACCGCAUCCCAGAGUCCGACCGCUUGCGAGCUACGAAAUAUCGACCUCAUACCUGAAAGGGGCAAACAUGGCAGUAUACACACUGAGAAAUGA